GUUCUUUUUUCCGCGAUGUGACAUUCCUCCGCACGCAAAAACGUCAAAAUUUCACCCCGAAAACGCAAGUGGGAGAAAAAGACCCAACAACACAAUCAUCAUCAUCGCAGCAAGCGAUAGCGAGAAGCAAGUGGAAAACGCGAAACAGAGAAAAUAAAAAAAAGCCCGAUUUCGAGUGUUGUCCACCAUACAAAAAAGAGGAGAAAAAAAUCGCCAGCGCAAACAUGGCUGCUGCUUUUGGUGCCGUUCCGUCGUCGUGAAAAGAUCCCCGUGCGCCGCGAAAAAAGUGUCGUUUGUUGUGUGUUUGAUUGCUGUCGUCGAAAACGCGUCCCGUCGCCGAGCCGUGCGUGAGUUUCUCGAGAGAUCGUGUUCUUCGUGCGUGACACGCGUGUGACAAUCCGACAGAGAAAGGUUCCGUGUCAGUCCGUCCGUCCCCCAGUGCAAAAUCUUCCGCCGUUUGGAACGGAUUGUGGGGCACUCAGUUGGAAGUCGGAUUUCGGAACAGCAAGCAGCUGAAGCAUAAAAAAGUGAAGUGUCCAUCAGAAUCUAGUGGUGUUUGACCAAUGCUGACCGAAGAAGAGAGCUGUCCAGUGUGCAAAAGUGAGUGUUCAGUGUUCGAUGGGAUGCCCUUCAGUGAAAACGCAUAAAGAGUGAUUAUGGUGACAGGAAAAUCGACCAGCAUGCAAAAAUCUCCGUCGGUACAGUGAGGAAAAAUCUUUCGCCCCAAACACGAAGUGAGUGAAGAAGAAAAGUCAGUCAGGAAAAUAUCAAAGAUCAGUGCACAGAGCCGAUGACCGUUUCCGCCACCAGUCCGCAUCUAUCCCCCCAAAAGUGUUCGUGUGCUGCGGAUUGGCAUUGAGGGAUUGAAAUUGAGCGCAUUGGGAGGAGAAAGAGCAAACUCACAGGGAAAAAAUAAAUAAGAGAGAGCGCCUCAAACAAGUUGUGAGGGUGUGUGAAAUUUUCUGGUUGGUGCGUGCGAAGAGUGAAGUGAACCGUGAAGAAGCGUGAGAAGAGCGGAGGCGAAGAGCAGAGUGGAGCCAAGGCAAGGCUGCAAACUUGCAACAGCUGAUUUGUGGAACGCCCGAUUUUCGGACGACGAAGGCAACAAUGACUUCCCGAAGGUGGUUCCACCCGUCGGUGUCCGGCGUCGAAGCGGAAAAGAUGCUCCUGGAGCGAGGCUUCGACGGGUCCUUUUUGGCGCGGUUAUCGUCGUCGAGUCCGGGCGCCUUCACACUAUCCGUCCGCCGCGGCAAAGAGGUGACCCACAUCAAGAUCCAGAACAAUGGCGACUUCUUCGACCUGUACGGAGGUGAAAAAUUCGCCACCCUGUCCGAGUUGGUUCAGUAUUACAUGGAAAACGGAAACCAGCUGAAGGAGAAGAACGGACAAAUCAUCGAGCUGAAGCAACCGCUCAUAUGCGCUGAACCAACGACUGAAAGGUGGUUCCACGGUAACCUGUCCGGCAAGGAAGCGGAACGAUUGAUCCUGGAACGGGGCAAGAAUGGCUCGUUCCUAGUGCGCGAAUCUCAGAGCAAACCGGGCGACUUUGUGCUUUCGGUGCGGACAGACGACAAAGUGACACACGUCAUGAUUCGGUGGCAUGAAAACAAGUAUGACGUUGGCGGUGGCCAGAAAUUCAACACCCUGUGCGACCUGAUCGAGCACUACAAGCGGAACCCGAUGGUGGAAACGUGCGGCACCGUGGUGCACCUGCGGCAACCCUUCAACGCGACGCGGAUCACCGCCGCCGGAAUUGACGCCCGGGUGGAGCAACUGCAGCGGGAAAAUGGCAGCCACUGUUAUGGGAAGGGCGGCUUUUGGGAGGAGUUUGAAUCUCUACAGCAGCAGGAAUGCCGGUACACGUUUAGCCGGCGGGAGGGCCAACGGAACGAGAACCGGGUCAAGAAUCGCUACAAGAACAUUUUACCAUUUGACCAUACCCGGGUGAAGCUGAAAGACGUGGACAGCACCCAUCCUGGGGCAGAAUACAUCAAUGCCAACUACAUCCGGCAGCCGACCGAGUCCGAGCAGAACGACAUGAACUCGUCGUCGGAGAAUCUGGCGCAGCAGCAGGGACAUCAGAACAACAACUCGACAACCAACAACGCAAUUACCUACGCCAGCAUCAACCAGCAGCCGGCCAAGAACUGCCAGAGCUGCCAACUGCUGAACAAACCCUGCUCCCAGUGCUCGAUGAAGGCCAAUGAGUCCAAACACAAACGGAACGAUUCGCUGACGUCGACCCGGUUGCAGCUCCAGAGCCAGUCCCAAUCCAAAUCCUCCAUCGGCAGCGGCAGCUCGCUCCUCCGGGACGAGAAGGAUCUCUUCAAGACGUACAUCGCGACGCAGGGCUGCCUCGCGAACACGAUACAGGACUUCUGGAACAUGAUCUGGCAGGAGGACACCCGGGUGAUAGUGAUGACUACCAAAGAAAUCGAACGGGGCAAGAAGAAGUGCGAGAAGUACUGGCCCGAUCCGCAGCAGAGCAAGGAGUGGGGCUCGGCCAAGGUGACCUGCCUGAGCGAAACCAGCACGGCCGACUACACGCUGCGGGAGUUCCUGCUGUCGUGGCGGGGGCAGGACGAGCGCAAGAUCUUCCAGUACCACUUCCAGGUGUGGCCGGACCAUGGCGUCCCGUCGGAUCCGGGCUGCGUGCUCAACUUCCUGCAGGACGUGAACGCGCGGCAGGAGCAGCUGCAGCUGGAAGGAUUGACGCCGGGUCCAAUUUGUGUCCACUGUUCGGCGGGAAUCGGUCGAACGGGAACGUUCAUUGUGAUCGACAUGAUUCUGGACCAGAUCGAUAGGGAAGGUCUGGACUGCGAGAUCGACAUCCAGCGGACGAUCCAGAUGGUGCGAUCGCAGCGGUCCGGUAUGGUCCAAACCGAGGCGCAGUACAAGUUCGUCUACUUUGCCGUGCAGCACUACAUCCAGACGCUGUUCCAGCGCAAACGGGCCGAACAGCAGAGCCUGCAGGUCGGCCGGGAGUACACCAACAUUAAGUCGACAUCGGACUCACAACUACCACUACCGAGGGCUGUGACUGACUUGAAUAACCCUUCAUCAGUAUAUGAAAACAUUCCCAAAGAAUCACGACCACCACCGACGCCACCCCGGAAAUCAUGACAAAUGGACUUUUAAACGCUUCCUCUGCGCGCAGUGCCCGAAAGCCGGCAAAAAUAGAAAUGAAAGAAACGUCUCACCAAUCGGCGGUCGUUCCAAAAUGGUGGAUAUAAAAACCCGUACCGUACCCAGCCACACAAAUACACCCACACAAACAGAUGGACAGACGAGCAUGCUUAUAAAGCGGCAAAGUUAGAGCGACAAAGUAGAAAACGGCGCUGCCGUCGGUGAAAUUUUGACCGUCGACAUUGAAUGAUUUUUCUCGCUUUAAGUGUAUGUUAUAUCUGUAAAAGUUUUGCAUACAUGAUUAUACGAAAGUAUGGAAAGAAAAUACACCUCUCAAUAUUAAGUAUAGGAACUUCGGUUGAAGACAAAGCAGACGCAUUGAAAAGUACUAUUCGUUUACGGUUGAAAACAGUAAAUAAAAACAUUGUUGAAAGCGAGACCAGCUGUAGAAAUAAAUGGAAAAAUGACGACAAGUGAGAGAUUGUUUCGUUAUUGUUUAAGUUAUUGAUUGUUUUCGCAAACUAAGCGUGAGAUGGCGAAACUCACGAAGAUAGGCGCUUCGCUCUUCCGGGAAGGAGAAUUCUCCACCAAUACAAACAAAACAAGAGAGAAUAGAAAGUCGCUCCUCCCUUGACACUCAAACUCUCCCGCGGGAGAGGCACUCAAUUGUCGAUUGUCUGAAAACUGAAACGCGAUUACGUCAUGGGGCAGGAGCGUUGAUGAAACAGAUUUAUUAUUAGUGUAUCUAGUCUAACAAAUUGAAGAAGAAUAAAAUUACAAACUGAGCUCUCAAACCAUAAGGUUCAAAAAGAUUAUUACGGAUAAAGAGCGAGUGAAACUCACGUACUGUGUUACAGAGGGCAGGAGAAGUGCAACCAGAAAUGUGUGACAUUCGAAACUGAGAGGGAGCUCAGCACACACGCACUCUGAUUGAAAAAUAGACAAAAACCUAUAAAAAAAUACAAGCUGCAAUUGUGAUUACUGCGAUGGACAGCGCAGUAGGCGUGGCGCCGACUUUUUGUUCUGUAACAGAAGAAAGACAUACGCACGCCUACUACGAAACGAAACAAAAUGGAAGGAGAAAUUAGUAGUAGAAGAGCGCGUCGCGAAUAAUUAUGCGGAAAAAGAAACUUCGUUUGUUUUGAGAUCUUUUGUUACACUCACACACGCAUAUAAGUUAUUGACGCUCGUUUUCGUUGGCGUCCUCGCCGCUGACGUUGCGAGAGAUUUAUUUGUCGAAAAAGUUAGGUUGUAAGGCUUUAUAAGUUGUACCGCACCGCUCUACGAUCAUCUUCUUUUUAAGUUAAGGUUCAUAUUAUUUGACUUUUUAUUCAAGCAACAAUACACACACACGCACUUAUGCAUGCAAAACUUUUGAAACCACGGCACGGAGGGAAAAAUUUAUUCCGGGAAAGUAGUUUUACUACCAAGAGAAAAUCUUAACUGAACAAAAGUUUUAUGUUACAAAUUACUUGAUUACAAGCUGAAGCCGAAAGAAUAUAUCGAUUUACUUGCAUCGUUA